CCCGUCUCGGCCUGCGCCUGUGACCGGACGGCAGCCCCACCAGCCGCCAUGUCUACUGUCGGGUGCUACCUGCGCGUGGAAGAGCUGGCCCAGCCCGAUGGACUGUAUCAGCUGGGCGAGCGCAUCGCCGAGGGCACCUACGGAGAAAUCUUCACCGCCACCGAGAACAGCUCAGGUACCAAGGUGGCCAUCAAGAUAGUGGACAACACGGAGGAGACUUUCCCUGACAUUGAGGAGGAGUACCGAAUUCUGAAGGACCUCUCAGUUCACCAGAACAUUCCCAAACUGCACGGCAUUUUCAAAAAGACCUCAAGCAGCGGCGUCGAACAGAUAUGGAUGGUCAUGGAGUACUGCUCGGGCGGGUCAGUCACGGACCUAGUGAAGCGUCUGAAGGAGAGCGGACACGUCAUGAAGGAGGACCACAUCGCCUUCAUUCUCCACCACACCGUCCAGGCCGCCUGCCACUUGCAUCGGAACCACGUGAUCCACCGCGACAUCAAGGGGCAGAACAUCCUGAUGGCCCAGAACGGCGAGAUCAAGCUCGUCGACUUCGGCAUAUCGCGUCACCUGCCGUCCACGAUGGCUCGUCGGGGCACCUCGAUCGGCACGCCCUACUGGAUGGCACCGGAGGUGAUCCUAUGCGACCAGCAGCAUGGCGCCGAGUACGACAUCCGCGCUGACGUCUGGUCGCUCGGGAUCACUGCCAUCGAGCUGGGUGACGGCGUGCCGCCGCUGGCCAGCGUGCACCCCGUGCGAGCCAUGUUCCAGAUCACCCGUAACCCGCCUCCCACGCUGGCAAAGCCCACCGAAUGGAGCCAGGCCUACCUGGACUUCAUCGCGGAGUGUCUGGAGAAGAACGACGAGAGUCGUCCUCUGAUGGAGGAGGUGGCCACCCACCCGUUCCUGACGAGGCUCGAGCCGCGACUGGCCGCUAUCAGGGACGAGCUGGCCCAGCUACUGGCCGACAGCGGGCCGGCAGAGACCGUCCAGCCGGCCCAGGUCACCUCCAAGGCUGGCUACCUGAGGACGCGACCGCACUCCAAGUCCCUGGAGAUCCUGCAGGACGACCUCGCGGCCCUGGAGGACGUCACCGACGACACCAUCCUGAACCUGCUGGAGAAGCGCUUCCACCGCGACAUGAUCUACACCUUCGUUGCCGACGUGCUGAUCGCUGUCAACCCGUACUGCGUGAAGCCGCUCUAUGAUGCCAAGACACACGCGGCCUACUGUUCUCGUGCUCGCUCGGACAACGCGCCGCACGUGUACGCCGUGGCGGACCGGGCGCACCAGGACAUGGCGCACCAUCAGCGUGCCCAGACCAUCGUCUUCACCGGCGAGACCGGCUCCGGGAAGACGUUCAACGCCCGCAUGGCACUGGCGCACCUCUGCCACCUCGGAAAGUGGCCUCUAUUCCGAUCUGGACAGAGUAAGUCCCUGGCGGAGAAGGUGCUGGGCGCCGGGUUCGUCCUGGAGCUGCUGGGUAGCGCGGCCACUAGCCAGAACGCGGCCUCCACGCGACAGGUGCGCUACUUCGAGACCACGUUCACGAAGACGGGCCGGCUGAGCGGCGUAAUCGUGUGGAACUACAUGCUGGAGCGCUGGAGGGUCACCGAUACCCGACCGAACGACGGUACUUUCAACGCGUUAUACGCCUACUACUACGGGCUUCAGCAGAGCGGAAAGCUAGGAAUUUACAAGCUGCAAAAGAAAGAUGACUACCGGUUCCUGCCGAAGCACAAGUUCCUCGACCCGGUGGACAGCGCGGAGAAGUUCAAGGAGGCUGAGCGGACCAUGGACCUGCUGGAGAUCUCAGGUGACAAGCAGGAGACGGUGCGGAAGGCGAUGGCGGCCAUCAUACUGCUGGGCGAGGUCGAUUUCGAGGACGGCGACGAGGGCGUCACGAUCGUCAACAAGGAUGUCCUGAAUACAGUGUCGUACCUGCUGUCGGUGGACGAGGCCAAGCUGGUCUGGUCGCUGGAGCACCGCUGUCGGAUCGUCGCCGGAGAGGCCGUCAAGGAGGCCAAGACAGUAGAGCAGGCGCGCGCCUCGCGGGACGCGCUGGCCCGCCUGCUGUACGGCCGGCUGGUGGACAGUGUCGUCAACUGGGUCAACGCCUCCUUCACCCUCACCAGGCUGCUGUUCGGCGAAACCAACACGGUCGGCCUGCUGGACAUGUACGGGUUCGAGAGCCGCAGCACUAACUACCUGGAACAGCUGGUCGUCAACGCCUUCAACGAGCAAGUGCAGUCGUUCUACAACCAGUCCGUCUUUCAGUGGGAAAUGGACGACUUCCGUGGCGACGACCUGGAGGUGUCUCCCUACACGUACAUGGACAACAGCGCCACCAUCGACAUGCUGAUGAAGAAGGGGGAGGGCCUGCUGGCGCUGCUGGACGAGAGCACCCUGUCGGAGAAGGCCUCCGACCAGUACUUCGUCGAGAACUGCAAGGAGACCAUAGAAAGCCGCCAUUUCUUCCCCGAAAAGGAUGGAUUCGCCAUCGCUCACUACGCUGGAAAGGUGUCCUACUCCAAUAAGGACAUCGUCGCCAAAAACAAGGACUACCUGGACCCGGAGGUGUUUGACACGCUGCGUCAGUCAGAGAACCCGUUCAUCGCGCCCAUGUUCCUGCUGCCGCUGACCAAGACGGGUAACCUGACCAUGGACCGGGAGCAGGCGCAGCGCGAGGCGGGCGGCAAGGCGCGCCCCGUCAAACUCAACGACGACGUCGGCAACAAGCGGUUCGACACGCGCUCGCGGGGCCGGCUGUCGCAGACCAGUCUGGUACUGCUGACGCAGGCCUCGUGCUACCGCUACAGCGCCAUGGAGGUGAUGCACAAACUCAUCAACAGCACGGCCCAUUUUGUGCGCUGCGUGCGCUCCAACAGCGAGGGCGCCGCAGACACCUGGGACACCGGCCUGGUCGCACAUCAGCUGAAGUGCAUGCAGAUUGCCAACACCAUCGCCAUCAGGAAGGACGGCUACUCCCAGAGGAUCGACUUUGCCGAGUUCUUACGAAGGUAUCAGUUCCUGGCGUUUGACUUUGACGAGACCGUUGAGGUGACGCGCGAGAACUGUCGACUGCUGAUGGUGCGUCUCAAGCUGGACGGCUACCGCAUGGGAAGGCAGAAGAUCUUCCUCAAGUACUUCAACGAGGAGUACAUGAGCAGGCUGUACGAGCACGAGGUGAAGAAGAUCGCCAAGGUGCAGGCAAUGAUCCGCUCGUUCCUGGUGCGCCGGCGGCGCCGGGCCGGCCAGCCUCUGGACGUGACGCGCCUUCUGGCCAGUGAGUGUCACCGUCGGCCGCGCCUCUCCGUCACGCCCGAGAUGCUCAUCAUGCCCGAGAUCGACCCGCCCGACGAGUUCGAACUCGAGGACUAGAGCGUCGGGUCGG